CCCUUGGUACUUCCUUAGAAAAUCCAUUCCGCAACAGUUACUAAAAAUUAAGGUCGGUUACCGUUAUAUAUGUCGCCAUACAUCCAAACAUCAAUAUUUAUUAGAAACAUUGUUCGGCUGUCAAAAUCUCUCUGGCGUGGCGGGUCGAUCGAGCCGAUCACUUUUUGGGAGAUAUAUCCGAACUUAAUUCCUUUUUCAUUUUGAGAUACCAAUAUCAAUGAAAUAAAAUUAAAAGUAUAUAAACCAACAAAGAUCACUGUACACGGUUGAAUUGUCUAUUUUCCUUCAUUAAUUCUUAUACUAUAUAUAUAUACAUAUAAACCAUUCAUCCUUAAUAUGGCUUCUUUACCUCCAAGUGCUUGUUGUGCUAUUAAAUUCGAUCACGAAGGUGAAUCUGUUGGAUCUUUAAAAACCGUGGCUGGUUUACACUCUUAUGUUACUGGUGAAUCUUUCGGUAAUGAAAAAGUUAUUAUUAUUCUCAGUGACAUUUUUGGUCUUGCUUUAAAGAACAAUUUAUUGCUUGCUGAUUAUUUAUCUUCUUUAGGUAGCAUUCAAGUCAUCAUUCCAGAUAUUUUAGGUGGAGAUGCAGUUGAAUCAAUUGAAAAAUUCGAUAGAACCACUUUCUUUGGUGCUCAUGGUCCUCAUGUUACUACCCCAAUAGUUAAUGAAUUCUUAACUAAAUUCCGUGCUGAAUAUAAACCUUCUAAGCUUUUUGGAAUUGGUUAUUGUUUUGGUGCUUACUUCACUAUUGAAAAUCUUGCUGAAGGUGGUUUAUUAGAUGCUGGUGCUGUGGCUCAUCCAUCAAUGGUUUCUGAAGUUCUUGUUCAAAACCUUGCUAAACCUCUUUUAAUCUCAAGUGGUGAAGCUGAUGCUGCAUUUACUCCAGAAUUAAGAGAAUUAACUAUUAAAAUCUUAUCUGAAAAGAAAGAUGUUAGAUGGCAAUUAGAUUUAUUUCAAGGUGCUCCUCAUGGUUACGCUGUUAAGGGUGAUCUUUCUCAACCUAACAUUAAAUAUGCUAAGGAAAAGACCGCCGCUGAUCAAAUUUACUGGUUUAACCAAUUCUAGAUUCUUGAAUCUGUCAGUAUAUAUAAUUUUAUAAUGAUUUAAUAAAACGAUUAGAUUUAUAGUAUAAAGUUACUUGGCUGUAAAAUUUGCUUCCAAAAAAAAGUGUCGUGUAAUGUACCAU